GUAGAGAAGUAGUAAAAACAGGGGCCGGUUUUACUAACAGGACAGUGGUCUCCUGUUGUUUGCUACUGAGCUCUAGUGAAAAUAUUAUAUUAAGUUCCUGUUGAUGUGGUCCAUGUGGAGAGCACCACCAUGUUUUUCACACCCCCACCGUAAUUGGUACUUGAAAACUUCGAGUCCAAAGGGCACGGUUUAACAAUUGGCAUCGGCCUUCCCGUCGCAUUUAUUUCCUCUGCAACGUAGCUUCCCGUGUUGGUGGGAGUUGAAUGACGAUGGACUCCUCCAAAUCGAAGUCUUGGUUCGUUUCGAGAUCUCAUUUUGAGACAGACUCUGCGGAUCCCCACGUCGUCCUUUGUAGCUUCUUCUGCCGCUAGCAUUCCCUCUCCCUCAUUGAACCGCUGCAUUUUCUUCUUUUUACACUGUGGUUGAGGUUCUUUCUAGUCACACGCCUGUAUCUUUAUGGUUUGGCAUUUAUACGACUUAAAAUUCUAGCUUCCAACUUCUCCACAUGGUCGAUGCGUCAUGCUUAAAAAUAAUUUCUUGGUGGCGGUGUAAUGGAGUCUCUUUUUCUUCCUUCUCAGUCCCAUCGCAUUCAAAAUCCUGCUCUUUUUAAGGUUCUCUUAUGUGCGCAGUGUUUGGUAUCUGGUCAAAUCCUGAUCUCUUUUUCCAUUCGUGAAAUACUGCACGUCGAGGUCGAGAUAUACCAAUUAGCAAAUAGCCAUCUUUAGAAGCUGAGGCGUUAUUGUGGGUUUCAGCAUUCUGUGGUCCUGUUCUAAAACUCAGUGUUUCUUUUGCAAUGAUGUACCAAAAGCAGCAUCUUUUUCCUAUUUUUGCGAAGGCCUUUUGAACGAACUUCAACCAUCAGAGUUGGUGUCUUUGGUUUUUUUCUUUUCCCGUUCUGUUUUUUUUUUUUUUGGUAUUCGAGAAAAAGGGGAUGAACCCCAAACAUCAUUGAGAAGAUUCACUAAAAUAACGGUUCAAGUUUCCUUUUCCUAUCUUGGGAAGGAAAAGAGUGAACGAUAUCUACUUGUUAUGUGCUGCGACAUGGCUUCUGGACUCCGAAUCCCGGAAGUAUUGCCACCGAACCAGCGCAGAAGACAACUUGGUGCUGCCGUUCAGAGCCUUCAGUGGAGCUACGCCAUCUUCUGGUCACUUUCCAGUGAAGAAGGGGAUCUGGAAUGGGGAGAUGGAUUCUACAAUGGGGAUAUAAAGACGAGGAAGACGGUGCUGCCAAUGGAGCUUAGUGCUGAGCAAAUGGGCUUGCAAAGAAGCCAACAGCUGAGAGAGUUGUAUGAGAAUCUGUCAGCUGGUGACAAUAACCAACAGGAGAAGAGGCCUUCCGCUGCACUCUCUCCAGAAGAUCUUACUGACGCGGAGUGGUUCUACUUGGUUUGCAUGUCCUUCGUUUUUGCGCCUGGUCAAGGAUUGCCCGGAAGAACUUUCGCAGCAGGUCAUCACAUCUGGCUUUGUGACGCCGAUUAUGCAGACAGCAAAGAUUUCAGCCGCUCUCUGUUAGCGAAGAGUGCUGGCAUUCAGACUGUUGUUUGCUUUCCUCGUGCGGAUGGUGUUUUGGAGUUUGGCGUGAACGAGUUGGUGGCAGAGGAGCCUUCGCUUGUUCAACAUAUAUUGACAUUCUUUCUGGUGGUCUCGAAGCCUGUUUGCUCUGAGCAAUCUACUUUCAACCCACAAAAAUCAGAGGAUAAUGAUGAUGAUGAAGGUAAAGCCUUUACAAAGAUUGAUUCUGGAGGCGCUGUACCUAUGCUUGUUGACGAAGUCAAGAAUCCAGAACAAUGCAGCCAAUUCUCUGGGAGCCAGAAAGCUUUGCCUUCUUCUCUUGAUCUUACUACACCCAAAGAGGAAACCGGGUUUGAAACAAACACUGCUAAUUUCUCACAUGUUAUUGUACAAGAAGUGGUGUCCCCUGGUCACAGUUCAAACGGCAAUGAUCCACAUCAGCAACCUGAUGAUUCAUACAUGCUUGAUGAAUUGACAGAUGCAUGCCAAGUUCAGAUGUGGAGGCAAGUUGAAGAAGAAACUAGUGAGGCAGCUCAUGAUUCAAUGAAUUUAAGUGACUGCAUCUCACAGUCAUUCGUAAAUAACAGAAAGCAUGUGUGUCCUACUCACAAUGAAAGAUUGAACCAGUAUAUGCAAGAACUGCAAGAAUGUACUCAUACCAAGUUCAAGUCUGGUGCAAAUGAAAAGAACUCCCACUAUUCAAAGACACUUUCUAAUAUUUUGCGUGAUUCACUUCUGAAAAGGCCUGUGGAUACUCCAUCCAAUUUUUCAUUCAAAGCUUCAUUAGCCAGCAGUUGUGACAAUCCUGGCUUUUCAAGAUGGAGGAUGGGUGUAAAAUACCAGAUGCAACUAAUUGAUACACCUCAGAAGUUAUUGAAGAAAGUCUUGUUUGAAGUCGCUUGGAUGCACCAAAAGCGCCAUCAAACCCAAGGCAAUGCUGAUGACAAAGACAUUUUGUGGAAACAAGUUGAAGGUGCUAGCUGUAAUCAUGUUUUAUCAGAGGAAAGAGGAAGAGAAAAAUUAAAAGAACAAUUUUUGGUCCUAAGGUCACUUGUCCCUUCAAGUAGCAAGCUUUUGCAGCUUGAUAAAGCAUCACUCCUUGGAGAUACGAUAGACUACUUGAAACAGCUGGAAGCAAGAGUAGAGGAAUUGGAAUCUUACAAAGAAUUGAUCAGAAGAAAGAGAUGCCCGGAUGUUACCGAGAGGACUUCUGACAAUUAUGCCAGCAAUGGAUCUGUUGUCAGCAAAAAGUAUUGCAGACAUGAAAGGAAUGCAUCAACUGGUAAUGAGCCCAGGUCUGAGCUUCAGUGGGUUCUCUGCAAGGAUGGUACAACAGAUGUGAUGGUCACCAUCACAGAGAAAGAUGUCUCUGUAGAUAUUCAAUGCCCAUGGAGAGAGUCUCUGCUUCUUGAAAUUAUCCAAGCUAUGCAUGAUCUUCAUUUAGAUUCUCAAACUAUCAAGUCAUCUAUGGUCGAUGGAAUUCUUAAGCUAGUGCUGAGAGCUAAGGCCAAGAAAGCAGCUGGAGCAGCCACCGAUGACAUCAAACAUGCACUUCAAAGGAUUGUCAGUAAGUGCUGAUGUUCACACGUCUGAUGUGCUCCUUUUUUGUAGAUAUUUGAAGGGUUUUCUUGGUUUAGAUGUUACCAUGUAGUUCGAAUAAUAGCAAGUUGAGAGUAGUGCUUUUGAAGGUGUCACAGCUAGGUUGUGGUGGUGUAGCUUCUCUCAUAUUUUGCCUUUAUUGUUGUUUUUGUGUUUCUUUUGCAUAUCUAGAAUAAGAUGAUAUUGAGUUGCAGUUAA